AUGUCCGUCAUUGUUCGAUGCAUGGUCCUCUUUCUGUUCCGCAGCUCAAUGAGUGCUACUAAUAGACCGGGUUCAGCCCACCCUCCUCAAACGACCACUCAUCAGCCACUACUUCAACCCCAUCCACAACAUGGUUUACCCGCUCAACACCCUCCUCGAGCAACGGGCUCAGCGGGCAAAACGGCUCAAAGGGCGGGUGGCUACGGUGGAUCCGAAGUGGGAUCCUUAGUGGGCAAUGCCGUGGGUCCGCCCAUUAUCGGGGGCAUUAUUGGGAACUUAGUCGGGGAUAAAGUCGGCCAAAAGGCCAUCGGGAAAACAGGAUUGGAUCGUGCGGCAGGACAGUUCCAUGAGGACUUAUCCAAAGUUGUGGGUGAAGACCGGGCCAACAAAGUGGGCGAUAUGGUGGGAACAGCCUUAGGAUUUGCCGAGAGUGAGCGUUGUUUAUGUUGCCCGUGCAUGCCUGCGUCUCAAAUCCUUUUCUUCAUCAUGAUCCCCUUUUACGUGUUCAAUUGGUAUCGAUUAAUCGUGGGAAUCCGAUUCGACGCGUCUUGCAUCGAAAAUGGAGAUACGCAAUCUGUGACGUUUCCUCUUUAUGACGAAGACGGAAAUUUGACCCAAGUCAACGAGACCGAGAUCAACGAUUACUGGCUCGUCAGCCGUGAUACUGAGCAAAAUUUGACCACAUACCUGGUGUCGUACCCCUGUGAAUUUGGAUUCCACUAUUUGGUAGCUGGAGCCGGGGUCUGGAUCUUCUUCCUGCCCUUUCACAUCCUGACCCUGUUCGGAAAUUGCUGGCGUCAAUGUUGUUGUUGCUUCUGUGAUCCGGUGGUCUGCUUUGCUUCCAUCCUGGAUUGCUGCAAGCGAUGUCUUUGCGAAUGCGGAAAGUUCAGCAUCCUGGAUAUCAUAUGGUACUCCAUGUGUCUUUUCCACGUGAUUUGGGCCUGUUUGGGAGCACGUUGGUUGAUCCAUACCCUUACUGGCCCCGAUCAAGAUCACGAGUUGUACGAUUACAACUACGAGCUCAUUCCGACGGUGAUUUCGGCCGUGGUCUUGGAUCUUCUCUUGGCUGGAUCCGAAAUUGUGCACAAGAUUCGGAUCCUCUUUUGUCUCGAGAAAGAGGAUAUAGCUCCCACUCCACUUGAGAUGGUGGAAAUUCGUCAGAACUAUCCGAAUGACUCCGGUCCGAUACCCAUGCAACCACGCCCCCAACAAGGGGUCUAUCCCUCGUUAUCCGAGAUGCAAUCGGCCAACACUCAUUCAGCCAUGCACCCUCGAUAAGCGGUCGUGAUAUGCGCAUAAAUUACAUGCCAACUUCUACAUGACAUCAGCGCGUUAUGCUUCAUAUUAUUCUUAGCUUUAAGCAACCUAUCCCACAAAUGCCACUUCAAUAGAGCACUAUUAUUUCAA